GAAUUCAAAAUAACAACAAAAGUCUUGAAGUUUUCAUAAAAAAGUUUAAAAAUGGAAGAAAUUGUAAAAACAUUUGAUAAUCUGAAUGAAAAAGUACAAAACAUUUCAGAAGCAUUGAUUGUCCUGCCUCAUAAAAAGAAAUUAACUGAAAAUUUAAGUCAGUUAAGUGAAAACAACAGUGAUGCUAAGAAACUGCAAAAAGCAAUUCAUGAUUCGAUAAACGAACAAAAUAAUAUUCUCAAAAAGGAAUACAAAGAAACCACCACCAUAAUCAACAGAGUUCAACUCAAAAUGAUGCUUUUACUUAAACAUCACGAUGAGCUGGAAAAAAAACAACAAAAUGAAAAAAGGAUCCUCAAGGAAAUUUCUAUUCCUGGUACUCCAAAAGUUUAUGAAAGACCUGGAGCAUUGCAGGCAUUCUCUGAGACAAAUACUCCUAGAAUGUUGGUAUCAGAAUACGCAAAAUCGCCUUUUGCUAAAAAGAGGACAAAAGUUCAACUUCAAUUUACAGAUUUCGAGUAUGAAAUCACAGAUGAUGAUUUUGCUCGUAUUCCUGGUUAUAUGAAAGGGAGAGCUGUUUUAUCGGAACUUCAAGGCUUCUUAGAUAACGUCAUCAUACGAACAUUCAAUGAAAAGUAUCAGAUCUUACACAAACAGAAAUUAUCCCUUAAACCUUUUGAAGUUACAUUGCAAACAAUGUUCAAAGAUCAAACUAAAUAUUUCGAAGGCUUUAAAUUCAUCACAGUUGGAGAUAUUGCACGAGUUUUGGGAAAGAAUGUUGACAAGAAAAAUGAUCGUUUCCUUCAAAUGCUUCGACACAUUCAACUCAUUCAAGAAAUGUCUUUGAGCAAACUCGCAAUUUUUGGUGGUACCGGCAUGACCGGUUCAUGUGCUGUUAAAGCAGCUUUGGAGAAAGGAAAGAAAGUGAAACUUCUCGUAAGGGAUGAAUCAACAGUUCCUAAUGAAUUCAAAGACAAAGUUGAAAUUGUAAAAGGCGAUGUAUUGAACCAAAGUGAUGUUGACAAGACCGUUGAAGGUACAGACGCUGUGAUUAUUAUAUUAGGAACACGUAAUAGUUUGGCACCAACUACAAUGAUGUCCGAAGGAACUAAAAAUAUCAUCGAAUCAAUGAAAAAGUUUGGAUUACGAAAAUUCUCAGCUUGUAUGUCUUCUUUCUUAUUCAUGGAACCAGAUAAGGUUCCCAAAAUGUUCAAUGAUUUAAAUGCUGAUCACAAAAGAAUGCUGGAAAUUGUCACAAAAUCUGAUCUUGAGUAUCGUGCUGUACUUCCUCCUCAUAUUGCCGAUGAGCCUUCUGCCGAAUACACAACACUUUAUGACAAAUCACCAGGUCGAUCAAUUUCUAAAUAUGAUCUUGGAGCAUUCUUUGUUGAAUGCUUGGAAAAUAAUGAUCAUGCUCAAAAAGUGAUUGGAAUUGCAACAAAGAAAUGAAAUUGAUUUUAAUCGAAAAAUAUUUUAUUGAGCGAUAAAUAUGUUAGUCUCGAAAAUAAAUUAAAAUGUAAGAGCAAUCAUGGAAUAAAUGUUGAGUCUGGUGUUUGAUGGAUUAUCACAAUUAUCUGUUAAUAUUCACAGAAUUCACAAUAAAGUAUUAUUAAGUGCCACUUAAUUAUAAUCCAUUAAAGUUUCACAUAAGAUAAUGAGAAUUAUUCACAACAUUUAACAUUGUUCGUCAUCCGAAGGUUCAGUAAGAACUUUCUUCAUGUACUUCUUUUUAGUGACUGGUCUGAAAGAUCCAUUACAUGGACCACCAAAAAUCGAAACUGGUGGGCAAGGUUCAUAACCGAGCUUCAGAUAAAAAUCUUCUUUAUCUGUUGUCGACAAAUAAAUUUCUUCAAGUUUCAAUUUAUAUUUACAAUAAUUUUCAGCUUCGUUCAUUAGAAAUCUUCCAAUUCCUUUCCCACGUAAUGAUUUCCACACAACUACAGAUUCAAUGAAACAAGCAGAUGGAUUUGAAGGAAUUGGUGUUAGUUUGAGAUGAGCUAAAACUCUCGGAGUGUCUUUAGUUACACCAUCAUUUGCUUCCCAGUUUGUUG